GUUACAAAUUUUCAUUUGUCGACGGGAACAGCAGUCAGUUCCGAAAGUUGUGUGAUAAAAUAAGCAGAUAAUUCCGCCAUCAAGACAAAGUAAAUCUAAAAACUUUAUUGUGAAACGUUUAGUGAUUGUAAUAAAAUAGAUAAAAGCAAAAUGCGAGGACGCGGCGGAUAUGUUCCACGUGGAGGUGGCUACGGAACUAUGCGUGGCGGUGGCGGUGGCGGUGGUAACUACUACAACAAUCGCAACUCUAGCAAUUACGUGAAUACGCGUACUCAGGGCAAUUACCGACCCAACAAUGGACGCUACGAGAACAACUAUAACAACAAUCGGUACAGUGGAGGUGGUGGUGGAGGGGGAGGCAGCGGUAACUCCAAUAAUGAACACUAUGAUAAUCGCAAUCGCGACAAGUUCAAUCAUCAUAAUUCAAGCACUGGUGGACGUUAUGACUCCGGUUCUAGCCACAAGCGCAGCUAUGAUACAUCUAGGGAUCGCAAUGAUGACCGCAAACGGCCUCGUCAAGACGAUUAUCGUCGCACGUCCUCGUCAAAUGAUCACAACGAUCGCCCAUCGUCAUCAUCGCAGAAUAUGGGCUCAUCAUCGUCCAGUUACCAUCCACGCAGCAGCACUGGCGGCGGCGGUGGUGGCAGUGGCAGCGGCGGUGGCGGCAGCUCAAGUUCGUAUAGGCCACGUGAAGAAUCGGGCAGUCAGCGACAUCAACGCGACUCCUCGAUGGGUCCGCCAAAGCGCCCGCUGUUGCGAAGCGUUGCUGGCAGCAAUUAUAUAUCGAGACCGCGAGGCUCAAUGACCAUACGCGGCGGCAUAAUACGCAACAACAUGCGGGGCAUGGGCACCAUGAGGAUUGUGCGUCCACGCAUCAAUGAAUCCAACGAUUUGCGCACCAUGCGCCGCCAGCUGCUCUAUGCCCAGCAAAAAGAUCGGGCACGCUUGCUCAAGAUACAACAGCUGAAAAGCUCGUUGCGUCGUCAACGCCAGGGAGGGAACAGCAGCGGUCGCUCUAGCGAUGACAACGAUGACUCUGAUAACAAGGAUGGCGAUACUGAGAAAAGCAAGAAGAAGAAAGCUAAUGACGAUGAUGAAGGCGAGGAUGACAAUGAGGAUGAGGAUGACGACAAUGAUGGUAACGACGAGAAAGAUGCAGCCGAUGGAGAUGGAGAGAAGAAGAGCGAGACGACUAAAAAGUCGUCGCCAAGCAAGAAACGCAGCACCAAAAUAUCGUCCCAUGAUGAUGCCGAGGGAAAGUCCAAUGAGGCCAAGAUCAAGAAAGAAGAGGUCGAUGACGAUGAGCACGAUGCUGGCAAUGAGACGGAGAAAAAGAAGUCCGACGAUGAGGAAGAUGAUGAGGGAGGCAAGACCGAUAAUGCUGGCGAUGCUGCUGAUAAGCCCAAAGAGAAGAGCAAAUCGUCGAGUACAGCCGAAAAGUCGUCAAGUAAAAAGAAGAGGGACAAAGAUGGCGAUGACAAAGAGUCCAAGUCAAAGAAGUCCAGCAAAAAGGAUCGUUCAUCGCGCAAGGAGAAGGACGACAGCGAUGAGGAGCGUAAAGAGCGUCGCACUAGUUCUCGUCAUCGCGACGAGGAUCACAACAAUCUGCGCAAGCGCACGUUCAUCAAGCUCACCUGCGUCCACUGCCGCAUCAAGUGUGUGACUUUUAAGGAAUAUCAUUAUCAUCUCAACUCGCGCACACACAAGAACUCGAUGCGCACAGUGGCGUUGAGACAACGUGCCGACUUGCAACGGAUGCGCGCCCGUCAACGGACCACACAGCGUGAGAUUGAGGAGAACAGCAAGGAGGAGUACGAGUCGCGCUAUUGCCGCCUUUGUCGUUUGGCCUAUCGCCAACCUAAGAAUCUGCAUCAGGCAUCGGAGCACCACAAGACCAUUAAGAAGUUCUUGAUGCCCUACUGUGGCUCCUGUCAUUUGGCCUUUAAGAAUGCCAUGCUGUACGAGAACCAUCGCUGCUCCUUGGAGCACAUUCGAAAUAAGGCACGCAAUGAUGAGUCUGGAUCGGAGGAUAGCGUGGAUGAGCGUGAGAUAGAUUUGAACAAAUUCCUCACCGUUGAUUCGGUGGGUGAGAUCGAUGAUGACAUCAUGGAUGCCGAUGUGGAUGCAAUGCUGCUGGAGGCUGAAACUGCUCAAAAAAGCGAGGAUGAGGAGACACGCAAACGCGGCCUCAUUGGCAUGGACUUUAUUAAGUCUGUGGAAACAUUCUUCUGUGAACUGUGCAAUCAUUACUCCCAAAAGCAGGGCGAUGUGACCUUGGAGGAGUAUAUCAAGAAGCAUUCUCUGCAACACUCGCAUGUUAAGAACUAUUUGCGGCAUAAGGAAGAGACUGAGAAAAAGAGUAAAUCCGAAGUUGGUGAUGAUGAAAUGGAGGGCGAUGAAGAUUUGCAUGAACCGAAAGAUAUAGACGAGGCUGAGGCCGAUGAAGAUAUUGAAAUGGACAUGAAGGAAGAUGAUGAAGAUUACGAGGCUGAAGAGGAUGUAGACGAAACUCAUAAUGAUGCACUUUGGGAGGAUGUGGAUAAAGAUCUCGGUGACCUCUUGGCAGAAGUGGAACCACUAGGUCAGGAACACGAGGAGGAUGAAGAUGAGUCCGUCCUGAAUAUUGACAUUGAGAGUGAGAAGAACAAGGCUAACAAGGAUGAAGCCAAUGGCAAUGCUGAUGAGGGAAAAAUAGAGACUAAGGCAUCAGCCAACAAAUCAAGCGAGAAGAAAGCCAGCUCAACAACUGCUACACCAACCAAGGCAGCCAGCAAACAAGAGUCGCCAGUGGCCGCCAAGAAAGCAACGCCCAAGGCAACCAGCAGUGCGGCCAAGGCUACUCGACCCGGACCGGCAUCAACAAAACGCAACGUUAUGGUCAGCUUGAAACGCACCUCGGCGGCGGCUAUCAAGGGGGCCACCAAGUCGGCAGCUGAGACAAAAUGAUCCCGAGCAACAGCAGAAAUAGCAAGUCUUUAGUCCAUACACAUGUAGUUAACUGCAACCAAUGAUUUGGUUGCAAUAAACAAACAAAAAAAAUGAACAAUUGAAAUUCAACUUUUACAUUGUAAUAUGUAUGGCUGAAAGCUGCACAAUGUGUGCGAGUCAUGUUUAAUAAAUUUAAACUUAAAUCAAC